CGCCCCCGCCCCCGCGACCCUGGUGCUCCGCAUCCCCCUCGCCGCGCCGCGAUGAGGACACGCGAGGAGGUGGACGCGACGCUGCAGGUCGCCAAGCUGAACGCCGCCGAGCUGCUGCCCACCGUGCACUGCCUGGGCUUCGGCCUGGGGGCCAGCGGCGCGCCUGCCGGCGACUUCUGCUUGCUGGAACUGGAGCCCGCGCUGUGCCAGCAGCUGGAGGCCGGACACAGUCUUGUGAUUCGGGGAGAUAAAGAUGAACAAGCUGUGCUAUGCAGUAAAGACAAAACAUAUGACUUGAAAAUAGCAGAUACUUCAAAUAUGUUGCUUUUUAUUCCUGGCUGUAAAACUCCAGACCAGCUGAAGAUGGAGGAAACACAGUGUAACAUUAUUCACACUGAGAUCUUUGGUUUUUCUAAUAACUAUUGGGAAUUGAGAAGAUGCAGACCUAAAUUAAAGAAGCUAAAGAAACUUCUAAUGGAAAAUACCUAUGAAGGACCUGACAGUCAAAAAGAAGAGGAUUCAAAUCGCUCAAAAUACACCACUGAAGAUUUGCUUGAUCGAAUUCAGGCAAGUGAAGAAGAAAUAAUGACCCAGUUAGAAGUUUUAAAUGCCUGUGAGAUUGGAGGUUAUUGGAGGAUUCUUGACUUUGACUAUGAGAUGAAACUUCUGAAUCAUAUAACUCAGCUGGUGGAUUCUGAAUCUUGGUCUUUUAGUAAAGUUCCUUUGAACAUAUGCCUUCAGGAACUUGGACCAUUGGAACCAGGGGAAAUGAUAGAACACUGUCUUAAAUGUUAUGGGAAGAAAUAUACAGAAGAAGGUGAAGUUUAUUUUGAUUUGAGUGCUGAUAAAAUAUGCAGAGCAACAGCACAAAUGUUACUUCAGAAUGCAGUGAAAUUCAAUCUGGCUGAGUUUCAAGAAGUGUGGCAACAGAGUGUUCCUGAAGGAAUGGUAACUAGGCUUGAUCAGCUCAAGGGUUUAGCACUGGUGGAUAGACACUCAAGACCAGAAAUCAUAUUUUUGCUGAAAGUAGAUGAUUUACCUGAGGGAAAUCAGGAACGUUUUAAUAGUCUAUUUUCUCUAAGGGAGAAGUGGACAGAAGAAGACAUUGCUCCAUAUAUCCGAGAUUUGUGUGGAGAGAAGCAAACCAUAGGUGCAUUACUCACUAAAUACUCACGUUCUUCGAUGCAAAAUGGAAUUAAAGUUUAUAAUUCAAGAAGACCCAUUACUUAAAAUUUGAACAAGAGUUUUUUUCUUUGGAACUGAAUUGCUUUAUAAAGUUGCUAGAUAUAAGAAAAAGAUUCUUUUAUGUAUUUUUAUUUUGGCUUUUAAAAACCUACUCCUUGAAUGCAUUUUUUGUUCUCAUCUUAAUGUUUUGAAACUAUUACUACUUACUUUUUAAGUGUAACAGGAUAUUUCAAUAUUCUUCAGAUUACAUUUGUUGUAUGUACUCAGUGUAAACAAGGGCACAAGAAAGUAUUAUUUCCUAUAUUUAAUAGAAAAGUAGUUCUGUAGUCUCUGAUGUCUACAUGGUUCUAUUUAUAGAAAGGAUAUUGCUUUUGUAUAUAAAUUUCACACCUUUAAUUAGGAUUUGAUGUUCUCAUUUUUAAAAAGUUUUCUAGAUAAGAAAAUAAGUGUCUAGAAGAGAUCUAGUCACUUACAUGCUAUUUCUCAAUUGAAUUCUUUACUUUCAACCUUUCACAGAAACAGGAUGUCACUAGGUGCUAUCAAGUAUAUUGUUAAGAUUUGUGAAAUUGGUUUGGUAAUUGCUUCCCUGUUCACUUAGCUGGUAUAUACAUACACUUUAAACAAAAUGGGUUUAAUCCUCAAUCUUAUAGAUCGGUUUAUAAUCCUGGCACAAAUAAAACUCAUUAGAAAACUA